AUCUUAACACGCCCCAAAUUUACAUAGUAUCAAUAACGGCAUCUGGUCAUACAGAUACUGUUGUGUUGUGGUUCGUUGUUAAAAGACGCCGUCGACUCUGGGAGUCACUUUAUCAUUUAAGUUCGUGAAACCAUGUACUGAUUUACACUUAUUUAAUAGCGGUCACUGAGUAGAGUCGUCAUGCUCCUGCGCUUGCCCUUGUUGGUGGCCCGCUUCCUGCACAAUGGAAGACUGCGACUGUUAUUUGUGGCUCUCAUCGUUCUGUUGAUAAUUGGCUUAUUGUUGUCCUAUGGCUGGCAGACUGACUACCAGCUCUGCUUCAUGGACGGAGAAGGACGGGCUGCGACUCAGUCCACGGGUUCUGUUGGUCUCGAGCUCUUGGAUGACGUGCUGGAGGCGGAGCCAAAACCGACGCCCGGCAGGACUAUUUUCUUUCAUGAGACGAGUUGCCAUCAAAACGGGAAAAAUAGAUACAAGGUGCUGGAGCUGACUGCCCGCCAAGCCUGCGCAAUCGAAUCCGCAGCAUUGCAUAAUCCGAAUUUCCAAGUUUUUGUCUUAUUUGCCGGCCCCACCUAUCAAAUACCUAUAGCUGGACAUAACGCCAGCCAUCCGCAGACCUUGAUUGAAGCCAUCCUUAGCUACAGUAAUGUACAUCUGCGGCGUCUUAACCUUUGGAGCUAUGCAGCUGGUACGCCAAUUGAGGAGUGGCUUAAGGAUGGCCGCUUAUUUCGCUCAAAAUAUUUGUUUUCACAUAUAUCGGACUUUCUGCGGUAUUUAACGCUGUACCGGUAUGGUGGACUUUAUCUGGACAUGGACGUCGUGGUGCUGCGCAGCAUGGAAGAAGUUCCUCCCAAUUAUACCGGAGCUGAGUCUGAUACCCACCUGGCAGCGGGUGUUAUGAAUCUGGAGCCCACUGGUUUUGGACAUGGGAUCGCCGAGUCUUGCCUGCGUGAUUUUCAGCAUAACUUUGAUGGCAGGGAUUGGGGCAACAACGGGCCGGGUGUAAUUACCCGAGUGGCUCAGAAAAUCUGCCAAACCAAUGACAUCCGCCUGAUGCAGGAAGACCGUAAACGCUGCCUAGGAUUCACCGUAUUCGGUCGGGCUGCAUUUUACGCUAUUCCUUGGAAGCAGUGGAAAGACUUCUUCGAGCCAGAGAAAAUGGAAGAGACUAUGGCUCGCGCCAAAGACUCUUACGUGGUGCACGUGUGGAACAAGCACUCUAGUAAGCUGCCCAUUAAGCACGGAUCUAAUAACGCCUACGCCAAAUAUGCCGAGAAAAACUGCCCUCGAGCGUAUAAGGCGGCAGGAGAAUUUUUUUAGGUAAAUGGAAAGGUUCUCAAAUUUUUUUUGUAUUUUUAUAUGUAUGUGUAUAUAGCGCUGCCUACCAAAGAAGUCUCCAAAUAGGGGGAGUGUUAAAGUUUUAUGUUUUGCUUGUUUGCCAUUGGAAUUCAAACAGAUAAGAAGUCAAGAGUCGUACAAAUAUCAAUAAAACGCACAUCAUUUUCAAGGAAAAAACAUCACAAAGCACACU